AUGAAAGAGGCGGCUAGCAGCAGCAAGACUGAAGCCCAACCAGAGGUGGAAGAUGCAGAUGCAGAUGCCACACACAGCCCUCAUACAUACCCCGAGGGCGGACGCGAUGCCUGGCUCGUCGUCUUCGGCGCAUGGUGCGGCUUGACUGCUUCAUUGGGCAUUUACAACACGUCUGGGGUCUUUGAGGUCGUCAUCUCUCAGGUCAUUCUUCCGCAAUACUCUGCCUCCACCCUCGGCUGGCUGUUUUCCACCUACGCCUUUGUGAACUGGAUCUUCGGAGUGCAAGUUGGGCCUACUUUCGAUGCCAUUGGCCCGCGAGCCCUCAUCACAGCCGGCACAGUCUGCACGCUAGUUGGAAUCUUCACACUCAGCCUAUGCACGGAGUACUACCAGAUUCUCCUAUCCUUCUCUAUCCUGACUGGCAUUGGAUCGUCCCUCCUGCUGACGCCGUCUAUGGGAUGUGUCGCCCACUGGUUCAUGAAACGCCGCGGCCUCGCCAGCGGCAUCGCAUUCAUCGGCGGUGGGUUCGGCGGCGUGCUGUUCCCCCUCAUGAUGCAAGCCCUGCUGCCUCAAGUCGGAUGGGCCUGGACGAUCCGAAUCCUGGGGUUCGUGUUGCUGGUCCUCUGCGCCGUCAGCAUUGCCUUUUGUCGGAGCCGCAUUCCCCCGCGCAAGGGCAGCGCCACGACAUGGCGGGAUACGCUCCCCGAUUAUCGAAUCUUCCUUGACGGGACGGGAGCCAUGGGGGCCACCACUGCCGGGGUGCUGUUGACCGACCUCGCGUACUUCAUCCCCAUCACCUACACGCCAAGCUACUACAUUGAUCGCCAAGGAUUCUCCUCGGAGGAAUCCCUCACCGGCUCGGCCGCGUUUGCAUAUCAGUUGCUCGCUAUUCUGAAUGCGGCAUCCUGUGUAGGCCGCUGCGUGGCCGGCGAACUGGCCGAUCGAUUCGGCAGAUACAACACCAUGAUCGGCUCCCUUGUACUUUGUACAAUAUCCGUCUUAUGUCUGUGGAUGACGGAUAUACUGGUACCGGGACUGAACAGUGACGGGCUCUUAGUGGCCUUUGUCGUUCUUUUCGGUUUCCAGAGCGGUUCCAACGUCAGCUUGACGCCUAUCUGCCUCGGCCAACUUUGUGACACGGAAGAGUACGGGCGAUACUACGCAAGCUGCUUCACGGUGGUUGCAUUCGGCGUCCUGGCAAGCCUGCCUAUCGCCGGCGGCUUGCUGAGCGUGACGGGUACCAGCGGGAAAGAGAAGUACUGGGGGGCUGCCUUGUUUACCGGGCUCAGUUAUGUUGCCGCCCUCCUUUGCUUCGUGUGGGUCAGAGUCAAGCUCAUGGGCUGGUCAUGGCGGAUCAAGUGGUAA